AAGAUUUGCAAACAAUAGAAAGAGAAUGUGAAUUGAACAGAAUUUUUGCAAUUGGAAAACGAAUGAUAAUAACAAACAACAAUUAGUAACAAAGUGCGACUAAAAAAGGUAGUAGAGAAGAAAAUAAAACUAAAACUCAAUGUUGAUCCAAAGUUAUUCAAUCAGCUCAAUUGUUAGAGGCAACAAACAUUGUAAGUUCUUCUUAUCGAACCUUAUAAAACUGCGAAAAAUGUCUUCCCAUACCACGGAAUCGGUAGAAAAAACACUUGUAGCCAUAACACAAAUGCGUAGCACCAGCGAUAAAGCCGCUAAUCUGCAUCAAGUCGAAAAAUUAAUAAAACAAGCUAAAGAGCAGUCGGCUAAAUUUGUAUUUCUACCGGAAUGUUGUGAUUUUGUAGGGGAACACCGAGAGCAAACUUUGGAUUUGUCUGAACCUCUGACGGGUCCGUUGAUGCAACAUUAUCAAUCGUUGGCCAAAGAACACAACAUAUGGCUGUCUUUAGGCGGUAUACAUGAAUCUGUGCUGGAUUCGUAUGAACGCAAGACAGACAAAAUCUAUAAUGCUCAUGUAAUUUUAAAUAAUAAUGGUGAAUUGGUUACCGUUUAUCGUAAAUUACAUUUAUUUGAUGUCGUAACACCUGAAUUCACAUUCCAAGAGUCGAAGGUAGUGUUGCCAGGGCAACGGUUGGUUCCCCCCCUUACAACACCAGCUGGCAAAUUAGGUUUGCAAAUAUGCUACGAUAUGCGUUUUGCCGAAAGUAGCAUUUUGCUGAGAAAAGAGGGAGCAGAAAUUCUAACUUAUCCGUCAGCCUUUGCUUAUAAUACAGGCAAGGCCCAUUGGGAAGUGCUCUUAAGGGCGCGGGCAAUAGAAAACCAAUGUUUUGUUUUGGCACCAGCUCAACUGGGCUAUCAUAAUAAGAAGCGACGUAGUUGGGGCCAUGGCAUGGCUGUCAACCCUUGGGGAAAGAUUAUGGCUGAUUUGGGAGAAACGGAAGACUUAAAGGUCGCUACGGUUGAAAUUGAUUUAAGCACUGUGCCUCCCAUCAGAGCAGCAAUGCCUUGUUUUGAACAUAGGCGUAACGAUGUUUACAGUUUGACAGCAUAUGGUCAUGGCACUACUGAGCCUCAAGAAGAUCGCAUGUUCGCCACAAAUGUCAUUAAUAAAGAUACCAUAUUCUUCGAGUCGCCAUACUGUUUUGCCUUUACCAAUUUACGUUGUGUUGUCAAAGGUCAUGUUCUGGUAUCCACAAAACGUCUUGCACCACGUCUUAGUUCUUUAAACUCGGCCGAAAUGAGCGAUCUCUUUAAUACGGUAUGUCGCAUACAACGAAUGUUAGAAUCCAUUUAUGAAACUACAGCUGCAACGGUUACCGUUCAGGAUGGUGCUGAUGCUGGUCAAACAGUACCUCAUGUACAUUUCCAUGUAAUGCCACGCCGUCCCGGGGACUUUAGACAUAAUGAUCAAAUCUAUGUGAAAUUAGAGGACCAAGUUUUAAUAGAAGAUCAGAAAUUACGUACUUUGGAGGAACGUGUACAAGAAGCCCAAAAAUAUCGAGAAGUAAUGAGAAGUUUUAAGUUUUAAUCUGAAGACGACAAGCCAUAAGCAAAUUCAACUACAAUUUAAGAUUAAGUUACUUGUAGUUCUUUCUAGUUUUGCAAAAUAUUGAUGUGUGUGUUAUAAAAAAUAAUUGUCAAAUAAAA